AAUUAGAAACAUUGCAGGAUUGAUUUUUCAACAUGGACGCAAAAAGCAGAAAAGCUAUGUUCAGGGAAAAAAAGAAAGAAAAAGGAGAGAAGCGGAUCGAUUCUCCUCUCGUAAGGUAUAAUGAGCUUGACCAGGCAGUGUGCAGGGUCUGCAAUGUUGUUAUAAAAUCGGAACCCCUAUGGCCUGCCCACCAGGCUUCACGCAAGCACAAAGAAGCUGUGGAAGACAUUAAAGCCCGUGCUGCAAAAUCUAAAACUGUCAAUAAUUCAAAGUCCACAAAAAUUGAUGCUUCCAAUAUUGAGACUCAGCUGUUGUCCUCUGUUCCUGCACAGACUCGGCCAGCAUCAUCUCUUCCUACCAGCUUUUUUGAUGAACCUGAUGCCAAACGUCAAAAUCGAAUAUCACAGGAAGAGGCUAGGAAUUCUACUACCUUGGCAAAGAAUUUGAAGGAAACGACAUCAGAAACAGUUCCAUCUAAGACAACAAUUGUCUCAACCAAGGAGAAGAAACAUCCUUCAGAUGUGUCAGAUAUGAAGGAAAAAGAAAUUGAAAAUUUUCCAUCUGUUCAUCCGGUGCAUGCUUCCAAUCUAACAGAAGAAUCAGCAGCGAAUCAAGUGAAAGGGUCUCUUCCAGAAGGAUUUUUUGACAACAAGGAUGCAGAUCUGCGUGCAAGAGGAUUGGAGCCUGUUAAAUAUGAUAUCAAGGCUAUGUAUUGCACUAAUGGGAUGAAGCUUUGUUUACAGUUUGAUGCUGCUGAGGUGAGAGAGGAGAUGGAACUUAUAGAGCAGAGGGCAUAUGUGGAGCGUGUAGAAAUGUUGAAAAAGAAGCAGCAGGAACUAUCCAUGUCGAAAGUUUCCACACAAGUGAAAUCUCCCUCAUACAUAGGGGCAGAAAGUAGUGAUGUUUCUUCGAGUGAUGAUGAUGGUGAAAAUGAAGAUAACUACUUGAUUGAUUGGAGAGCUAAGCUCUUCUAGAACAUAGAUUAAAGUGAACAGUUUAAGUUUGUUGGGGGUAGAUGUUUGUAACUUGAUGCAUAGAUAGAAUUACACGACUAAUUUUAUUUUGUAAUUCUUUUUACUUUUUUUGUUUAAAUAAUUUGUCCAUGCUUUCCUUUGUUA